CAGAAGCUUUGUUUAUGACAGGUGAGGGAGCCGUGUGUCACGAUAGGUUGAUGUUGUUACAGUGGAGCAGCGUGUGAAAUAUUGAUGAUCUAUCACAUACACAAAGAGAAUACUUAGACCUGUCUAGUCACACUUGAUUGGGUCCCAGGGUGACAACAAUGGCGGGAGGAGUUUUUCAUGUGGAAUUUGGAAUCAAUGAGACAAGUUUGACAAGAGCUCUUGAACAGGGAAACUUUGUGACAGCAGAGAAACUCAUCAGAGAUAAUAAUAACCCGUCUUUCUUAGAUGAAGGUUGCUACCGGAGAACGCCCUUGUUUAUUUGUCUAUGUGGAAUGGAUGAAGAGGAGAAGAGAGUGCGCCCUAGAAACCUAUACUUAGCAAAACUGAUGAUAGAACAUGGUGCCAAUGUCAACUUUAGAGUGCCCACUACUUAUUUUGGAUCUGAAUUUGAAAGUCCUGGCCUGAGUCCAUUAGAAUUACUUACUGAUUUCUACAACGAUCUUACGAAACACCGUCAUCAUUACGGGAAUGAGCCAUGGACGACAUACCACUGUGGCUGGGACCCUCACAUUGAUGUGGUGGUGGGCCUUAACAAACAGUACCUCAUCACGCUGGAGGACGUCAUAGAACAUGUCGAGGACAUCAUGUUUGUUAUCCUCACCCAUGGAGGAGAUGCAAACAUUGCUGACCUUUCAAAGUUGACACCCUUACACAAGACAUCAAUAUUUAGCUAUGACAAUCGGCUACUGAAACUGCUGGUGGAGAAUGGUGGAAACCUAAAUGCACAGGACACCGAGGGCAGUUCUCCUCUCCUGGCGAUGUGCGACAUCUCCGCGUCGGACAUGUAUGACUAUCUGGAGGACUUGUCGCCCACCAGCGACGACACACUGGAGGAUACGAGUGCCAACCUUAGUGUUAAACAUGAUUUCCUCAACUUCAUGUUGUCGCAGAAAAAUAUAGAGCUCAACAUAUCUAACAGGCGUGGCCAGACAGCACUGUUUCACUGUGUGGUACGUGGGGAUGUGGAUGCCUGUUAUAAACUGUUAAAGGCCGGAGCAAGUCCGUCCAUCAGGGGUGUCGUGUGGGAAACGCGCAAAAAGAAAAGGAAACUGUCCCCAAUAUUCGCAUCAUUCCUGUCCAUUCCUAUACAGCGGACUUUGAGCUGGCAGAACAUGCACCACAAACUAGCCACAGCCCCUCAUCAGUAUGGCCAUCUUGUAGAUCUUGGAUUCUUCAACACCAAAGAAAUUGUGGAGGAAAUGACCGUGUAUACUGAGCAUGAAUUCCCGGAGUUUUCAGACCUAAAGUCACUAAGUCAUAAACUUGUCAACAUGAUGUUUGGAAGGACGACAGCUACCCUUCAGCAGCUUGCUGCUCGAAAGGUAUUUCACACCUGCUUCCUCGAGGGGUCAUCAUCCCUGGGAAAGUUAAUGCCGGCAGAGGCUCUAAAGAACAGAUAUUCUAAUGCAGAUCUGAAGCAUUCGGAUGUUUACGAUGAAUAUGUGACUCUUGGCCUUAAUCAGGCUGUGCUUCGGGCAUUGGUUAUACGUCUAAACUUACCACAAGACUCAGAGAUGAACUUUAAAAUUGAGCUGUUUCUACACAGGAUGGCAAGUAAGUUUUCCACAUACAAGGUUUUACAGCCAGAGACAAUCUUUGGAGGCGAUGACAGUGACAACUCAAAUGACAGCAAUUCAGAGAGCCAGGACGAAGGUGACUCAGAUUUGGAGUAUUGGUGAUCUGUAUCUUGGAUAUUUCUGUUAUGUAUGCUAUUAAGUUAAAAGUUGGUUUUGGGAUCACCCCAGCUCAUCAAGAGACAAUCGAUUUUAAAAUGUAUGGCUUAAUUACGUUGUAUCAUAGACUAGCUAGGUAUCACAGAAUCAGACCAUGAAUAUACACGUACCAGCUGCUUCAGAUGUCUCUCAAUUCUGUGUAGAAAAUACAAGUUUUUAUUUCUACACAACUUAUAGCUCUGGUCCGCACUGCUUCAGGGAUAUACAAUCCCACUAGUCUGAUGUCUGCAAUUCAUAAAUGUCGAAGUGAGUCAACAUUUUCAUUCUGUGCUACAAAUAUGUAGCUUAGGCUAGUGAAUAAUUUCUAAACCUUUGUACAGAUUUGUAAUCUGUAAUAAAAAGUUGUACACCCCUUGAUAGUUUCCUGGUAUAUUGAUAUCUUGUAAGUUACAGAGUAGAUGCAUUGCCACAAAUUUCCAUCCAUACAGCUGUAAUCUUCUUGUGUUAGAGUACAAUGCAUUAAAUGUUUUUUUCUCUCAUGAAGAGUGAUACUUUGUAGCUAUUUUUAACACAGAUACGAGAUGUGAAUAUUUUAUCAACCAAUGAGACACACAAUUUGCACAAUAAAUGUCGUUGAUAGUCACAAUAGAUGUUGUUGAUAGUACACAAAUAUAUUUGUUGACUUUUUUAUAGGUGAAAUAGUAAAAUUUAUACAAUUAGUGAUAAUGCACAAUUAAGUUUAUUGGAAUUCUUGUCCAGAGGUAAAAAGUGAAAUUUGUUCAUUAUAAAAUGAUCAGCAAUGCGCCAUCUUGUUUUUUGUUUUUGUUUGUUUUUGUUUUUUUUAUGUGCUGGGUGCUAUACAUAUCAAGUCUAUAUCAUUACACUUCACAGCUAGAUCCUGCUGUUACUAUUUGUUACUUCAAUAUCACUCUCCAAUCAAAGGAAGGGGGCAUACAUUACAUUGUAAAUAUUCAUUGGUUGUGAAAAUUGUUAGCUGCGAUACUUAUAUAAUGAUGUACCUGGUAAAUUGUUUAUGCUGGAAUCACAUUUACAUUUAUUGUGACAUCAGUGAUUUGAAGAGCUUUUCUCAUUAAAUGUGGAGUACUGUAAUUGUGAGAAAUAUGUCAACGCUGUCCUUCCAUUAUACUGAACAUAUGUAUUCUGUAAAUUGGUUAACUCUGACCCUUAGUCUACUAGUUCCCCAGUAAAUUGGUUUACUCUGACCCUUAGACUACUAGUUCCCCAGUAAAUUGUUUUACUCUGACCCUUAGACUACUAGUUCCCCCGUAAAUUGGUUUACUCUGACCCUUAGACUACUAGUUCCCCCGUAAAUUGGUUUACUCUGACCCUUAGACUACUAGUUCCCCAGUAAAUUGGUUUACUCUGACCCUUAGUCUACUAGUUCCCCAGUAAAUUGGUUUACUCUGACCCUUAGUCUACUAGUUCCCCCGUAAAUUGGUUUACUCUGACCCUUAGUCUACUAGUUCCCCCCGUAAAUUGGUUUACUCUGACCCUUAGUCUACUAGUUCCCCCCGUAAAUUGGUUUACUCUGACCCUUAGUCUACUAGUUCCCCCCGUAAAUUGGUUUACUCUGACCCUUAGUCUACUAGUUCCCCAGUAAAUUGGUUUACUCUGACCCUAAGUCUACUAGUUCCCCAGUAAAUUGUUUUACUCUGACCCUUAGACUAGUUCCCCCGUAAAUUGAUUUACUCUGACCCUUAGUCUACUAGUUCCCCAGUAAAUUGAUUUACUCUGACCCUUAGUCUACUAGUUCCCCAGUAAAUUGAUUUACUCUGACCCUUAGACUAGUUCCCCCGUAAAUUGAUUUACUCUGACCCUAUAGACUACUAGUCCCCCAGUAAAUUGGUUUACUCUGACCCUUAGACUACUAGUUCACCAAUAAAUUGGUUUACUCUGACCCUUAGACUACUAGUUCACCAGUAAAUUGUUUUACUCUGACCCUUAGUCUACUAGUUCCCCAGUAAAUUGGUUUUCUCUGACCCUAUAGUCUACUAGUUCCCCAGUAUAUUGGUUUACUCUGACCCUUAGUCUACUAGUUCACCAAUAAAUUGGUUUACUCUGACCCUUAGACUACUAGUUCACCAGUAAAUUGUUUUACUCUGACCCUUAGUCUACUAGUUCCCCAGUAAAUUGGUUUUCUCUGACCCUAUAGUCUACUAGUUCCCCAGUAUAUUGGUUUACUCUGACCCUUAGUCUACUAGUUCACCAAUAAAUUGGUUUACUCUGACCCUUAGUCUACUAGUUCCCCAGUAAAUUGGUUUUCUCUGACCCUAUAGUCUACUAGUUCCCCAGUAUAUUGGUUUACUCUGACCCUUAGUCUACUAGUUCACCAAUAAAUUGGUUUACUCUGACCCUUAGUCUACUAGUUCCCCAGUAAAUUGGUUUACUCUGACCCUUAGACUACUAGUUCCCCAGUAAAUUGUUUUACUCUGACCCUUAGACUACUAGUUACCCCGUAAAUUGGUUUACUCUGACCCUUAGUCUACUAGUUCCCCAGUAAAUUGGUUUACUCUGACCCUUAGUCUACUAGUUCCCCAGUAAAUUGUUUUACUCUGACCCUUAGACUACUAGUUCCCCAGUAAAUUGGUUUACUCUGACCCUUAGUCUACUAGUUCCCCAGUAAAUUGUUUUACUCUGACCCUUAGUCUACUAGUUCCCCAGUAAAUUGGUUUACUCUGACCCUUAGACUACUAGUUCCCCAGUAAAUUGGUUUACUCUGACCCUUAGUCUACUAGUUCCCCAGUAAAUUGGUUUACUCUGACCCUUAGACUACUAGUUCCCCAGUAAAUUGGUUUACUCUGACCCUUAGUCUACUAGUUCCCCAGUAAAUUGGUUUACUCUGACCCUUAGACUACUAGUUCCCCAGUAAAUUGGUUUACUCUGACCCUUAGACUACUAGUUCCCCAGUAAAUUGGUUUACUCUGACCCUUAGACUACUAGUUUCCUCUGUUUAUGCCUCUCACUGUGCUGUCAAGCUCCAUCAUUAUUCCUUAAAGUAUUUUUUUCCACUUGUACAGGAAAUCAUUACUGAAUUUAAGGCGAAUUCCUUAGCAAGACUUUUCCAGUCCAACACCUUUAAAUGAAAACUAAUAAGAGUUCAAUUCUUACCUUCCUGGUUUAUGGAUGUGGUUAAGAUUGAAUACAGCUUCUCAUUCAAUUUUUGUUAUGCUGCCACUGAACAUUUAAAGUGAUAUAUAACAAAAAGCUUUAAUCUAGAUGCUUGAACAUUUAGCUACAUAUCAAUAUAUUUCAUGUAUAUGUGAUGCACAAAAUCUGUCGCGCCUGAACAGUUAUGACACAGGCGGUUGGUUCUAGUAUGUACUGGUGUAUGUGUCACAUGUUAGUAUUUGUACUGGAUAAGGUACAGUAAAAUCCUGUGUAAUUUACACACAUAUCUGUAUAUGAUUGAAUAAGAGUUCCUGUUGUGUCUGUCAUAAUCCAAUAUUGAAUACAAUGUAUAUAUAUUUUAAAGGUUUUGUUUUAAUGUCGACAGAAAAAGAUGUUGAUAUGCUCAAUAGUAAAACAUUCAGUGAGACAGAAGCUUAGUUUGUCUCGGUGGUGUUCUGUGUGUAAAUAUUAUUGUUGAUAAUUGUGUGCAGAAUGUAUGAUAUACUGCCUUAGACCACUGAGGUGAACCUAGUCAGAUAUCUCAAUUAAAGUGUGAUAAGUCUCGAUACAAUUGUACAUUAAGCAGGUAAUAUAUAUAUUCCUGACCAACUAAUUAUAGAAGUAGGAGUACUUGUAGUGAAAAUGUCAUUGUUACAGUUUAAAAGUACCGAUAGGUGUAAGACAGCCAAGGUAUUGGCUCGGUGGCAACACCACCUGUCACUGACUUAUAAUUAGGUCUUUUGGUUUUAUGAUUUGCUGUAUAUACAUUGUGUAUUGAUGUGGACUUUUAAUUUGUUAGCUCAACUGGUCCACCAAGAUGAGCUUAUGCAUGCCAUAUUGUUUUUAUCAGAUGUUUAUCAACUAUUUAAUUAGAGCUCAUUAUACCUAUAACUUGUAAUAAUGUCAUGUUUCUUGAUCCUCUUUAAGAUAUAUCCUAAUAUCUCACACAUUUCUAUUAUAUUGUUGUACCUGGAUGUUUAUAUUGUACACUUUAUAUCAUAGUAUAAUAUAUUAAUGUAUGUCAGACAUUUAUUUUUUGCUAUAGUUGUCUCCCCUAAUUACCAAAAUAUUAUUCGGUAUGCAGUUAUUCUGUAUAUGUUUCACAGUAUAAAAAGGACAUGUAUAUCACAGUAUAAUAAUGUAGCAUAUAGCCUUAAGUUGAUUUUCUAGACCUAAGAUUGAUUUGAAACCUAAAGCUUAUCACUAAUCAUUAAUCUGCCUCAAGUUUGAAUGGUCACUCAUUAAUUGGUAGUGAGGGACGUUCAGAUACAUAACGAAGGUGAUGAAGCAUGUUCAUAUAUCAUUCAGGAAGAUAUAUUCAUCAAAGAAAUAUUUUUCUCUUGGAGCUUUUAAAUGUAUUUUUGCAUAAAUAUUUUGAUAAAAAUAUAAUAUGUUUGCGAGUCACAAAAAGCUGUAGCAACUUCUAGCAAGUGAAACUUUUGAACAACUUACAAUUUCUGCUCAGUUUUUUUUCUUCUGGAAUUCCAUUGAUUUGAUUCUCCAGACAUUUGCAGCCAAAGCAUAUUUUUGCAUUUCUUUAAAUGGACUUUUUAUUGUCCAAUAACUAUAUUGAUUAUAUCUAAAAUGUUUGCCAUGUCACAAUUAUAUUAAUGAUAAUUUUAGAGAUAUGAGUGUGUGUAGUGGAAGGAUUAUGCCACCAAUCAGUGAUAUUUAAUAUAAGGAUGGGACUACUGUAGAAAUUGGGCUAUCAGUGUAAAGACCGAAAAUUAAAAGUACAUUCUGAAUUUGAUUUUGAUCAAUCAAAUUUUCACUGGAUCAUUUGAAAAUCUGAUAUGAUGUAUGUAGUAAUUGUCUUGAUGCAAAAUGGCUAAAGGCAUGUUAUUAAUCAACUAUGUUUUGUAUAAGAUGGAAGUAGAUGAUCACUUGACAAGUCUCAAUUAGUUAAUAAAUGUAUUUUUGUA